AAAGUAGCAGUGCUAUUGCUAGAGCAUGGAUGGAGCUGCACAAGUAGCGACCCCACCAGUUGGUGGUCAACGUGGGGGUGGCUAUAGAGGCAGAGGGGGCGGUCCACCAAUGCGCGGUGGAUUCGAGCAUCGUGGACGUGGUAGAGGCAUGGGUCGUGGUCAUUAUAUGGGAGGCAUGCGCGGUGGCGGCAUGGGAGGUGGUGGUCCGCCGAUGCAGGGCAUGAUGCAAGGCCCGCCACGAGGCAUGCGCCCACGAGGUGGAAUGGGUUACCAAGGACGUGGUGGAGGCUUUCAGCCGCGUGGUGCUCCAAUGGGCAUGCGAGGCAGCGGCAGACCACCAUUAUAUGCGCAGCCUCCCAAACAACAUACAGGAGCGGAUAACAAUAAAACCGUAUCACCCGUACCGGCAGUAGCGGCAGCUGCUAGUGACCAGCAGUCAGGUGAGGCAUCUGUUGAGGAAACUGCCAAUACAGCGACUGCAGCAGCAGAUGCAACAGUAAGCACAGCCAGCUCGCAUGUGUCUGGAGGCGUUGGAGGCGCUAGUACUAAUAAUGGCGGCGGACCACCGCCGUAUAUGGGACGAGGUCGCGGACGUGGCGGACCGUUUGGUCGGGGUCGUGGUGGUGGCGGCUAUAACCCGCACAUGAAUGGAAACGGCGGCAAUGGCAUGUAUUCGCAUUCACAUCACUCCAACUCAAUGGGCGGACCCGGUGGAGAGCACGGCGGCAUGCCACGACGUGGCUCCAUGCGUGGACGCGGCGGCGGCGGCUACAAUCAAGGUAUGAGUCGGCCACCCAUGCAACAUCAUCAACAGGCUCAUAAUGUCAAUACACAAAUUGCACCGGUACCAGCUCUUAAGCGAGGCGCUCCCGGUGGCCCAGGUCCCAAGCGCGGACGUUAUGAAGGUGGUCCCUAUAGCCAGCGGCCCAUGACACCAAAGUACCAUUCAGGCACGCAGCAUAUGUCCCAAUCAACAUAUGGCUCACAGCCAGCACAUCAUGCUCCGGCAGCAAGCCAUCAUGGUGGCUAUCAGGCCCAUGAUCAGACGCAGCAGGUAGAUCCGUAUGCACAGAGCAGUUAUAGUGCAACGUCUACCACUCAGCAAGGCUACAACAAUGGUUAUAGCCAAAACACCGGCUAUGCAACGCAGACUAGCACAACAGCCAACAGCAACUAUGCGUCACAUCAUGGCACCGAAUACGAUCAGAGCCAAUACCAAGGCUACAACUCUUCCGGCUAUACUACGCAGCAGGAUACACGCUAUCAGCAGCCGUAUGGUCAAGAUUAUAGCCAACAGUAUAGCUCCACGGCGGUUGAUUACAAUACCACUGGUCAAACGGACUAUAGUCAGCAGAGCGCGGGUUACGAUGAGCGCGCCUAUGCCGGUUAUGAUUCGCAGGCGUAUUCGCAAAACUAUUCAAAUGCAGCGGCCUAUUACUAGGCAACAACGUGCCGCAUCCCUCGAAAAAUGGCCAUACCAACAGAUUGAAGAACGCUGCGCGUGCUUAGACCAUAAGUAUGCCAAAAUACCAAAUUUAAGG